AUGCCCAAGAAUCAACACGUCUCCGGCAACAAUGUCAUUCAGACGAAGGGUGACGGAAACCAGGUCACGAAAGACUACAACGCUGUAAGUCACUACCGACUAUUCGAGCCACUUCAAUCCGACCGACAAGCUUUCAGGAACUGAGGCCGAGGCACGAAGUGCGUAAGUACGAGAGCCGAUGA